UCUCCGUCUCACGCUGCUCAGUGCUGGUACCUGCAUCGCCCACUGUCUGCUUCAAUCGCCCAAUCUCCGGCUGCUCCCCACCGUCUGCGCGCGGAUAGAAGCAUUCAGGCGUCCUUGGCUCCACAUUCACUCACCGCGAGGCCUACAUUGGCAUUCCACACGUGCGAUACCCAGGCUGCUCGCGGCUCGGGUUUGCAAUUCGACAGUCUGCUGCCCAGCGGCGUCGCCAUGGCUGCGAUCCGGGGUUUAGUGCUUGCUGGAGCCUUGAUCGCACUCUCGACCGCCCCUUCCUCUUACGGCGCGCCAACCCUCUUACCUCUCUCGAGCGCGCGGUCCAUGCUUCUUGCUCGUGUACUGAAGUGGGUCUUGGCCGGCUGUCUCGUUCUCGAGAUCAACAGCCUUCUCAAUGCGUGGGCCGAGAAUCGCUGGAUGUUGACCAACGACAAGAGCUCCUGGCAGUGGGACAAGGAAUUCGCCGUUGUCACUGGAGGCUCGCAUGGCAUUGGCGCUGCCGUGGUGAACCAGCUCACCUCGCAUGGCGUAAAGGUCGCCGUUCUCGACAUCCAGCCGUUGUCCGAAGCUGUCCAGAAUGAUGGCAGCCUGGUCUCAUUCUACCAAUGCGAUCUCACUUCACGAGACGCUGUCCACGAGGCUGCUGCUGCAUUGCGCUCGGACCAUGGUUCUCCCUCCAUCUUGAUCAACAAUGCUGGGAUAGGUAACUCGAGCUGCAUUCUCGAUCUCUCGCCAAAACUUCUACAAACCCUGAUAGGACUCAAUCUGGUCAGCCACUGGUACACGGUGCAAGAGUUCCUUCCAGAUAUGAUUGCUAAGAAGAAAGGCCAUGUAAUGGCUACCUCCAGCAUGGCCGGUUUCGUCGGCUUAGCAGGCGGUGGAGACUACGCUGCAACAAAAGCUGGCCUGAUAGCUUUUCACGAGAGUUUGACCCAAGAGUUAAAACAUCGAUACAAAUGUCCACAGAUCAAAACAUCCAUUGUAUACCCCUAUUGGACCAGGACACGCUUGAACGCCACGAUACAAAAACGCCUUGGCGGGAUGUUGAAAGAACCUGAGGACAUUGCAAAGAUCAUGGUAGACCACAUUAUUGCGGCCAAGAGCGGCCAAUUGGUCCUUGGUCCAAAGCUUGCACCACUCUUGCGCGGAACGCCAAUAUGGCUGCAGGAGCUCGUACGCGACAGUCAGGCUCACAUCGUCACUGGAGAUGCGACAAGCGCCGUAUUGAAAAGUUCUUGAUUGAGGACAAGACAGCCACAGCGCGAGCCUUGAAACUAGAAUGUGGAGGAAACGCGGACCCCUGUCGUGAACGAAAUGGUCUUGCACGCUUGCUGGCUCUUA